CCUUUUUUCUCUACGAUGACGUGGUGCAUCCACUGUUUGCUAUUUAUUCCCUCGAUCCGGAAUCACGGAGAACAGUAUCGAGUACCAAGACAUCAAGGAUCAUGAAGCGUUUUAUCCUACUCGCUGGCAUCGCCACCUUGCUGGUGUUCUCUGUUACCGAAAUUUCGGCCGGUGAAGUUUCGACGGAAGCCCCCACCCCCCAGGUGUUGGCUGUCCGGGGAAAACGCAGUCCACAGGAUCUGCCUCCAUGUCCUCCCCCGCCAAAUGGAGAACCACCACGUGGACCUCCUCCAGACGGAGCUCCUCCGUGUAUGCCUCCUAGUAACAUGGCUCAACUUGCAAGCGCAGGUGAAGCGAUGAUGUCAUCCAUGGGAAGGAUGAAAAGAUCCGCGCACGAUCGUUUAUUAGAUCAUCAGGACGGACAGGGAGGACAGGGUGGUAACGGUCGCGACAAGAACAUGGAUGAUAACCUGCCCAACCCGAUGGGAGGAGGUGGAGGUCACCACAUGGGAUAAACGGAAGCCUAAACUACAUCCACCAGCUAUUUUACGCCCCUUCAAUCCGACAAUGUACUUGUAAACGACUCCUUUGUUUGUAGUUUGUCAGAAUGACGAAAUAAAUGUCUCUUU